UCUUCACCAUUCAUUUUAAACUCCCCCACUUCCUCACCACACUUUCCCUCAUUUUGUCUCACUUUCUUUCAUUUUCUCUCACAAUGCAUUACCAGGCAGAGACAAGACGGGGUGGUUGUUACUAUGUGGGUCCGGUGAGGCAGACCAUGAUGGUGGAUCCAUUAGAGAGGGUGGCGAGGCUGGCGGCGGAGAGCGCGGUGGUGAUAUUCAGUGUGAGCACGUGUUGCAUGUGCCACGCUGUGAAGAGGCUGUUCUGUGGAAUGGGUGUGCACCCAACUGUUCAUGAGUUGGACCAAGACCCCAGGGGGAAGGAGAUGGAGAGGGCACUCAUGAGGCUGCUCGGAAACUCCGCCGCCGUGCCGGUGGUGUUCAUUGGAGGGAAGCUGGUCGGUGCUAUGGAUAGAGUCAUGGCUUCCCAUAUCAAUGGCACUCUUGUCCCACUUCUCAAGGAAGCUGGAGCUCUUUGGCUCUGACUCUGACUCUGACUCCGACUCCGACUCUAAUAAUUUCAUCUGAUGACCAUAAAUCUAUUAACUUUUUAACAAUUGCAGUUGUUUUGAAACGGAAUUCUCAAACUCAAACAGUUUUAAAUUUAUUUCUUAAACUCAAGUUGCUUCAUAAAACACGUAUUCGACUGUGGUGAAACUGCUUAAGUUUGAGAAAUAAAUUUUAAACUGCUUGGAUUUGAGAAUUUUGAUUUACAACUACUUGCAUUUGGUAAAAGAAAAACCCUAAAUUCAUAGCUACUAAAUAUAUAAAUAGAAGAACUAACUGAGGGAAAGAAGGAUAGAUGAGAAGUGGGUUUGAUAGUUGCCUUAGCUACUGCUUCUUCUUCUUCUUCUUCUUCUUCUUGUUGUUGCUCCAUUUUGGGACUCAUUAAUGGGUGUGAUUUGAAUCUUGGUGUGUGCAACUGAGAGUGAGAGUUGAUAUUUCGAGAGCACUUAUUUAUUCGUGUUUAAGCGGCUGUUAGUAGUAAUGUAAUUCAUCCAUCGUUGUAUAGUUAGGUAAUCAAUCAAACAAAGUUUUUCCUUUCCUUA